AUGUCGGCGUCAACGUCGCUCUUUCAAGUCUACCUGCGUCUACGCCCGCCGAUCCAGGCUUCCUCGAAAGACCGCACCGACCCGUGGUUGAUUGUCGAGCCACCCGCGAGCGCUGAAACUGGCGAAGAAGUUGCGAACUCCGAGACGAUGCGACAUCCCACACACAUCACUUUGCAGCCUCCAAACGAGUCACGGAAGCGAGCCAUAGAGCGGUUUGGAUUCACAAAGAUCUUCAGAGAAGACGCCGGGCAACUCGAGGUAUUCGAAGAGAUUCAGGUCGUAGAGAAUGUGAAAAACGUCCUUCAGACCGGUAGAGACGGUCUAAUUGCGACACUUGGAGUUACUGGCAGCGGAAAGAGUCAUACAAUCCUAGGUUCAAAGUCACAGCGAGGCUUGACGCAGAUGUCGCUUGAUCUGCUAUUUCAAUCAAUCGGUCACAAUCUCAGAUGUCCGACUCACCCAAAUCGAAUGACCGAUGCUGGCCUCUUGUCGUCUUUGCAGAUGUCGGACCCAUCGGAGGCGCACAUCCAGUCAGCAACUGCUUUCCUCGACUCGAUUUACAGCGAUGGCGACCGAGCCAGACAAUCACGUGCGCAGACGCCCAUGUCUAGAGCACAAACUCCCAUGAUGGUACGCACUGAUUCCGGAGAGCUUCCCGCCUCUUUCCCUUCCUCCCCCCUCUAUAGUUGCACAGGUCCCAACGCGGAUGACAACGUAAUCGUACGAGAUUACGGCGUCCUCCACCACUCUGCCCGCUUCAAUGAGCCCAAGAAGAAGGAACUUUGGAGACCUCCAGCGAAACUUCCAUUCUGGCGCCGCUUGACCCCUAAAAAGCAAACCGCUAAACUCGUUGUGCAGGAAACUCCUUCUAACCACUCUCGCAAAAUGCCCUUACCACGGCCAAGUGGACUCCCUCAGAUACCCAACGUUUCUUCUUUUGCCGUGGAUCCUAAUCCUGACACUGACUACGUGGUGAUGGUCUCCAUGUACGAGGUGUACAACGAUCGGAUCUUCGAUCUUCUUUCAAGUCCAGCCGCAGGCGCGAAUGCAACGACCACAAGACAAGCGGCAGCUCUACAGAAAGGGUUGACGCGCAGACCACUUCUCUUCAAGAAUACUGAGCUAUCGCCCGAUCGAAAAGUGGUGGCGGGGCUCCGCAAAAUCGUCUGCGGCAGCUAUGAGGAGGCAAUGAUGGUGCUGGAAACCGGGCUCACCGAACGAAGGGUAGCAGGCACUGGAUCCAACAGUGUGAGCUCUAGAAGUCACGGCUUCUUCUGCAUCGAAGUCAAGCGCAACACACAUGGCCGUAACAAUGGUCGGUACGGCCCCGAGAACUGGAAAGGCAGCACCAUAUCAAUCGUCGAUCUGGCUGGUUCUGAACGAGCUCGAAGUGCCAAGACGACUGGCUCGACUUUGGCUGAAGCUGGUAAGAUCAACGAGAGUCUGAUGUAUCUGGGACAGUGCCUGCAAGUGCAAAGCGAUUGCCAACAUGAUGGAAGCAAGCCUAUUGUCCCAUUCCGCCAGUGCAAGCUGACCGAGUUGCUCUUUUCCAACUCGUUUCCUUCCUCAAGCAACCCAUCAGCGACCACGAGGGCAGCUCAGAAGGCAGUCAUGAUUGUGACUGCUGACCCUCAGGGCGAUUUCAACGCAACGAGUCAGAUACUCCGGUACUCAGCACUUGCACGCGAGGUGACAGUGCCCCGAGUGCCGAGUGUCACGAGUCAGAUGGGCGUCAAGUAUCCAAAUCUGAACAAUGGUCGCAGUUCCCCACAAGACCAGUAUUACUACGCGCAAGAGCUGGAACAAGCAACCAAUGAAGUCAUGCGGCUAUCGGAAGAAUGUGAUACCCUUGCUGUGCGCUUGGCUCAGGAAGAAAUCAAGCGCACGGAGGCUGAACUGAAACUUCAACUCGUGGAAGAACGAGCCAUGGAUCAGGAGGCACAGAUUCGCGAGGAGUGUUGGACGGAGAUGGAAGAGCACAUCGCCCAGGAGAAGGAGCGUUGGCGGGCUGCUUGGGAGGAGGAGCGACUUCGUGGCGAGAAAUAUGUUGAUGGCAAGCUCGACAUCUUAUCUCGUAGUCCCACCAAGACAAGAGCGAGAUAG